CAGCGUUGUUGAAGUGAUUUCAGAUGAAUCCUCUUCUGUCAGGUGUUUUGUGCUCUAUAGAUCAAGCAUGGGGCCCGGGGCCACGGCACACACGCUUCUCUUUCUUAUGCAUUUCUCAUAUCUCUUCGGCUGUGAGGCAACACAACGAGUGACCGAAUAUAAUGUUGAUGGCGGUAAAGAGGAUCUGUUUGAUAUCAAUGAAGAUGCAGGUCUUGAUCUUUUUGAGGGAGAUAUUGUGUAUGAUGAAAAAUCGGGGAGAAAUUCUAUAAUUGGUGAUGAAUACAGAUGGCCAAAAGUGAUUCCUUAUUACCUUGAGGAUGAUUUGGAUAUCAAUGCAAAAGGUGUAAUCCUGAAGGCCUUUGAACAGUAUCGACUGAAGUCAUGCAUCGACUACAAACCAUGGAGUGGAGAAGAAAACUACAUCUCCGUAUUUAAAGGCAACGGCUGCUUUUCAUCAGUGGGGAAUCGGCGUGUCGGCAAACAGCGGCUGUCCAUUGGCAGUGGAUGUGAUCGUAUCGCGACCAUCGAGCAUGAGUUCCUCCACGUGUUAGGCUUCUGGCACGAGCAGUCGCGCUCUGACCGUGAUGAUUAUGUCUCCAUCAUCUGGGACCGCAUUACUGAAGGCAAGGAGCAUAACUUCAACAAAUACAACGACAGCACAUCAAGCACACUGAACGUUCCCUACGACUACAGAUCCAUGAUGCAUUACAGCAAGAAAGCCUUCCAGAGCGGCGCUGAGCCCACCAUCGUCACCAAGAUCCCGGCCUUCAGCGACGUCAUCGGUCAGCGCAUGGAGUUCAGCGACAGCGACCUGCUCAAACUCAACAGACUCUACAACUGCUCCAGCUCCUCCACAUUUCUGGACUCCUGUGAUUUCGAGUUGGAGAACAUCUGUGGAAUGAUCCAGAGCCGUGAAAAUGACGCUAACGCGAACUGGCAGCGUGUUUCCAGAGCCGCAGGCGGACCAGACACCGACUACACCAACAUGGGACGCUGCGACGGAAAGGGUUACUUCAUGCACUUCAGCACUGCGAGCGGGCCGGAGGGGAACAGGGCUCUGCUGGAGAGCAGGGUUCUUUACCCCAAACGUGGAUUUCAGUGUCUGCAGUUCUUCCUCUAUAACAGCGGCCACAUUAACGAUCAGCUGAGGAUCUGGACACGAGAAUACGACACCGCAAACCCCAACGGGACCCUGCGGCUCAUUCAGCAGGUUGAAGCACCUCCUGGUGACCAGUGGCAGCUCCAUCACAUCAGUCUGAAUGUCUCCAGAAAGUUUCGAGUGGUUUUCGAGGGAAUCAAAGGGAGCGGGAGCGCCGGCGGACUCUCGCUAGACGACAUCAACCUCUCAGAGACCAGCUGUCCUGAACACGUGUGGAGGAUCAAGGACUUCAAGAGCGUCCUGGAGAACACGCCGAUGGACGUCGCCAUAUACAGCCCGCGCUUCACGUCGAAAGACGGCUACAGCUUCCAGAUGGGCCUGUAUCCCGGCGGAAAAGCCGGAUACCCGGGAGAGCUGGGAGCGUAUGCUCACCUGACAUCAGGAGCCGGUGCAGUGGAUGACGGUCUGGUCUGGCCCGCACGCUGGAAACAGAUGACCAUGAUGCUGAUGGACCAGAACGCAGACAUUCGCAAACGCAUGAACAACCAGAGGAGCGUCACCACCGACCCCACCAUGACUGUGGAAGGAACUGACGAUUUUUUCUGGGACGAUCCACGUAAAGUAGGCGUGAAGGUAACAGAAGGCGACGGGACGGAGUAUUUCCGUGGUCCUGGCGCUGGAACGGCUGUUUUCCUCACUCAGGCCAGAGCGCUGAGCCGAGACUUCAUCAAGGGCGGAGACGCCAUCUUCCUCCUCACGAUGGAGGAUAUCUCUCAUCUGGUUGUUUCACAGCCCUUGCCCUCCACAACCACCAUUCCACCUGACAACAGCACCUCCUUCAGCACCUCCUCCAGCGCUGCUCCUCCUGACCCGUGUGUGUCCGUACACUGUGAGAAUGACGGCGUGUGUGUGCUGGACGCCGCAGGACAGGCCGUGUGCAGGUGUGUGGUGGGACAGGACUGGUGGCAUUACGGCGACAGGUGUCAGUUCAAGAGCUCGACUCAGAGCAGCGUGCUGACGGCUGCGGUGGCGUCUGUGGCCGUGUUUGUGUUCAUGCUGAUGGUGACGGUGGUCAGUGUGGUCUGUGUGAAGAAACAACAGAAGAAAGUGCAGCUGGAUGGAGAAGGAAUCACCAUGAAGAACGUGAACUCGUUCAAAAUAUGAAGAUCUGAACAUUUAUCUAAUGUACAUUAGGACUCGUUAAAAACAAACACUGCUUUGAUCGAAUUGAUGCUUUGAUGUCAUUAGUUCAGUGGCACAUUUGUUCACAUCUCAAUAUCAUCACAUUAGACAGCAAACAUGUGCAAAUGACAUUCACAUAGACAAAAAGACAAACACAAAUGUGUUACGCACACCACUCUGUCCCGAAGCAUGAAGUUAAGGUACAUAAUUCAUUCUAGGCUGGACGAUGGUGUGCUGUGUGUAUUGCAUAACAACAUAGACACCAUAAAACAUAAAAAAACAAUAAAACAAUAAAAGAGUGAAGAGAGAAAGUGACACUUUUAACAACCUUAUUAAAGUCUUUAAAGAAACUCUCCUUGCUCAAAAUAUCAGCAAUUAAAAUGAUAUUUUGUGCUGUUUGUUCCAAAUACAGUGACUUGAAAGAGCUCAUAUGAGACUGUGUUUAUUUCAGGAAUCAUAAGCUUGUUUAUGUACAUGUUCAGAAUAUGACAGGUAAGUUGCUGCAUAUAAAAUGACAAGACAAUUAAAUGAAUCAGACUGAGAAUCCAUAAUCAGGCUAAAUUACUUCUAGAAAUAUGUUUCUUAAUUAAAGAAACCUGGUCAAUUGACUGACAAUCUAAUGCAUUGUGUUCACACUCCUUAUAGCUCCAUAGAACAGCUUUCACUUUAUUUUUCCAAAUAAACCUGAACAACAUAAACAGAUUGGACAUUAUUUGUCACUAUAUAUGGGCCAUUCUACAGAACUGGUGCAAACUGCUGUCCCACAACCAAAAAAACACAUUUAAAAAGCAUUAAAAUAUUAUAUGUUUAUUAAGAUCCUUCCAUUAUCUAUUGAAACCCACAAUCAUUUUUAAAAUAUUCGUAAGAUUAAUAUAUAUAAAAUCAUCACUUAUUGGGUACUUUCAGUUGGAAGGAGGCUGUCCUGAACACUAACCCCUAAAUUUCAACUUAUGAAAAUGAGAUUUAAAUAAUUUUAGAAUUUUCUUCCAUUGUUGUUUUUAAAAGUAUCUUUUUGAUUAUUUUAAAAAGUAAAGUUUAUAUAUAUAUAUAUAUAUAGUUUUUUUCUUUUUUUAUUUUUUUUCUUUGUAAAUUACUAUAAAAAUGUGUCCUGCAUUUUUCACGUCACUACCGAAAUGUCACUACCUAUAACCGUAUGUUCUAGUCCGUUGGCCGAGACUGAUUUUAACUACACCCAUACAUUGAUUAAUAAUCAGAAAAUAUUCCCGUGUCCCCCUCUCUCAUAGAUACAAAGUGUGAGUAGAUGGGUCUCAUCGUUUUAAGGGUAAAUGUGUUCAAAAGCAUGAAAAAUCUGUGUGUAACUUUAAGCAAUGUCACUAUCGAACACCUUUUUUCUGUGAUUACACACAUUUUCUUUUCAUUUAGUCAUUCCAAAGCAUUUACUUUUUAUUUGUGUUUAUAACUGUGCUAUCUAAAAUUCUCACUACUGAAACAUUUGGUGGAGUUUGGUAGUGACAUCUUUGUUUUUUGUGUGUUAUCCCAUAGAAUUGUCACGACUGAAACAUGUCAGCAUUGUUUGGUAAUUACAAAAGUAUUACAUGUUCCUCAUAUUUGGGGGAAACAGAAUUUUAGUACAGUUAUGCAAUUUUUUGUAUUCUAGUAUGUUUUAGUAUGUGGAUUAAAAUUCUGUAAUGUGAUGUUGUCGCUACCAAAGCAUUACUGUCACAACUGAAAAAGUGCUGUCACUUGC